GAAACUGGUUCCACCAUAAACCACUGUCAAAUUGAACUUAAUUCGCAUCUCGAACUGAAUAAAUCAGCCGGCUUUCGAGCAGUAAAGAAAAGAGGAUUUUAGAAGUAUUCUCGUAAUGACUGCAUUCGAAGAGUUUGGUGUGCUUCCGGAGCUGGGAAAGGCCACGGACGAAUUGGACUGGACCCUCCCCACCGAUGUCCAGGCGGAGGCCAUUCCUCUGAUCCUGGGCGGUGGCGAUGUGCUGAUGGCGGCGGAGACCGGGUCGGGAAAAACGGGCGCCUUUUGCUUGCCCAUCCUGCAAAUCGUGUGGGAGACUCUGCGGGAUCUGGAGGAGGGAAAGGCGGGCAAGGGCAGCACAGGCGGAGGAGCGGUAGCGCCAUGGACCAUGUCCUUCUUCGACCGCGGCAACGCCCUAGCGGUCACUCCCGAAGGCCUGCGUUGCCAGUCGCGGGAGUUCAAGGAGUGGCAUGGAUGCCGGGCCACCACCGGUGUGCGCGGAAAGGGAAAGUUCUACUUUGAGGCCACGGUCACAGACGAGGGUCUGUGCCGCGUGGGCUGGUCUACGCAGCAGGCGAACCUGGAUCUGGGCACCUGCCGCAUGGGCUUUGGAUUUGGCGGCACCGGCAAGAAGUCCAACAACCGUCAGUUCGACGACUAUGGCGAGGCCUUCGGUAAGUCGGACGUCAUUGGUUGCCUGCUCGAUCUGCAGCGCCUGGAGGUGAGCUUCACCAAGAAUGGACAGAACCUUGGGGUGGCCUUCCGCCUGCCGGAAAACCUUGCCAAAGAUACCUUUUAUCCGGCAGUGGUGCUUAAAAACGCAGAAAUGCAGUUUAAUUUCGGAAAGACUGACUUUAAGUACUUUCCGGGAAACGGAUUCGUGGGCGCUUGCCAGGCAAAAACCGAGAAUACCAAAGCCAAUCCGCUGGCCAGUCCCGCAGCUGGAGCCGCCAGCGCCAAGCCGGCGCCGAACGCCCCCCAGGCCAUAAUCAUCGAGCCCAGCAGGGAGUUGGCCGAGCAGACCUACAACCAGAUCGAGAAGUUCAAGUACCACCUGAGCAACCCCGAGGUGCGCUCCCUGCUGCUUAUCGGGGGAGUAAGGCUGGAGGAGCAAAAGGCGCAGCUGAUGCAGGGCACCCACAUCGUGGUGGGCACACCAGGGCGGCUGGAGGAGAUGAUCAACAGCGGCCUGGUGCUGCUAACUCACUGCCGCUUCUUCGUACUCGACGAGGCGGACGCCCUUCUCAAGCAGGGUUACACCGAACUGAUUGACCGUCUGCACAAGCAAAUACCCAAGAUCACGACGGAUGGUCGCCGGCUGCAGAUGGUUGUCUGCUCGGCCACGCUGCACGCGUUCGAAGUGAAGAAGAUGGCCGAGCGCCUGAUGCACUUCCCCACCUGGGUGGACUUGAAGGGAGAGGAUGCCGUGCCGGAAACGGUACACCACGUUGUCUGCCUAGUCGACCCGCAGGCAGACACCAGCUGGCAGUCACUGCGCCAGCCCAUAAACACCGACGGCGUCCAUGAUCGGGACAAUAUUCAUCCGGGCAACCCUUCGCAGGAAACACAGUCGCAAGCAGUCAAGCUGCUCAAGGGGGAGUAUUGUGUCCACGCUAUAGAGAAGCACAACAUGGAUCGGGCUAUAAUCUUCUGCCGUACCAAACAAGACUGUGACAACUUGGAGAGAUAUCUCCGCCAGCGUGGAGGUCAACGCUACCCGUGCGUCUGCCUGCACGGCGACCGGAAACCACAGGAGCGUAAACAGAACCUGGAGAUGUUUAAGCGACAGCAAGUCAAGUUCCUGAUUUGCACGGACGUGGCUGCGCGCGGUCUUGACAUUACCGGACUGCCGUUCAUGAUCAAUGUAACGCUGCCCGAUGACAAGACCAACUAUGUGCACCGCAUCGGACGCGUGGGCAGAGCGGAGCGCAUGGGGCUGGCAAUCAGCCUGGUGGCCACGGUGCCGGAGAAGGUUUGGUACCACGGCGAGUGGUGCAAGUCGCGCGGACGCAAUUGUAACAACACCAACCUGACCGACGUGCGAGGAUGCUGCAUCUGGUACAACGAGCCGAACCUGCUGGCUGAGGUGGAGGAUCACCUGAACAUCACGAUCCAGCAGGUGGACCGGGCCAUGGAGGUGCCAGUGAACGACUUUGACGGAAAGGUUGUGUACGGCCAGAAGAACUUCAACACUGGCAGCGGCUACGAGGACCACGUUGAGCAGUUGGUGCCCACCGUUCGCAAACUGACCGACCUGGAGUUGCAAUCACAAUCUUUAUUUUUGAAACGCCUUAAGGUCUAAAACGGAUCUGGAGCUGUAUUCGUUUGCUAAGCAAGGAGAGGGUAUCGUGAAGCGAGGACUGCGUGACCAACUCACGCGGGAAUACUUUUGCGGCACACACACACAUAAAUAUGUAGGAAAUCAGAGCUGUCGCUCUGCCAUUACGAGUAAACAUUCAA